AUGGAACAUAAUCUACAUAAUAAUACGCCAGUACAUUGGGGCUACGGAGUUGGUUCGGUGCCAACUACGCCGCUUAGUCACUGGGCGCCCCCACCGCAAAGUCAUAGUUUGAAACGUACUUUGUCCGAAAGUGAUUGUGAUGAACUCUAUUCAGAGGAAUCCUCAAAGGAGCAAGUUUCACCCAGUGAACCAGGUAGCUGCCAGCUACUGACACGUAAAAAACGAAGAGGUGUGAUUGAGAAAAAGCGGCGGGAUCGAAUAAACUCUUCACUCACUGAGUUAAAGCGUCUCGUGCCUUCGGCUUAUGAAAAGCAAGGUUCAGCUAAAUUGGAAAAGGCUGAAAUCUUACAACUAACUGUAGAGCAUUUAAAGAGUUUACAAUCGAAAGGUAUCGAAUCGUUCAGCUAUGAUCCUCAACGUUUCGCGAUGGAUUAUCAUAUUAUCGGCUUUCGUGAGUGCGCUGCUGAAGUGGCGCGUUAUCUGGUGACCAUAGAAGGAAUGGACAUCCAGGAUCCUUUGCGUUUGCGCCUAAUGUCUCACUUACAAUAUUUUGUACAACAACGCGAAUUAUCUGCCAAAAGCUGUGCCAGCCCAGGAGGUUGGACUACAACAUCCGCAUCGAGUGGAUAUCAACCGAAUUGUGCAUCAACACCCUAUCAAUCCUAUCCAGGUGCUGCAACCGCUCACCCCGGUAUCAAUCCCACCUAUGUACCUACACCAAUACACGCCUAUCCAACGUUGAGCACCUCACCAAGCAGCACUUCCCAUUUGCUACCGCAGCAGCUUCAACAGCAACAUCUCCAACAGCAACAGCAACAACUGCAGCAGCAGCAACAACAACAACAAUCAGCACCUGUACAGGUGAAUCGUGCCUCUUCCGCCAAUGGAUCAGUACCGGGUGAGGCAAUACCAACGAUAAGCCACUCAACUGGUCAGCAAAAUCCACAACAGCAGCAACAACAGCCACACUCAACGCACCAAACACAGCCAACGGCACCGCAUGUACAGCAACCGACUGUGUCACAUGAGUCUCAUCAUCAACAACAACAACAACAACAACCGCCAACACAAGCACAGCCACAGCCUCAACACUACACACAAGAGCAUACGCACACCGACCAAGGUGUCACUUAUGCGGACUUAUCCAACUCGCAGGUGCACAUAGAUCAUCGAAAUGCUUCCACGGGUAUUACAGCGCCAGGCUUGAGCUAUACCGGAACCACACAUUAUCCAGUGGCAAGUGCGCAGGAGUACAAUUCAAAUUAUGUCGCAGCAAACGGAUCCAAGCCGUAUCGGCCAUGGGGUGCGGAAAUGGCCUACUAGGAGAGAGAUAACGGUGAUAUAUGCAAAUGUACGAGGAUUUGCAUAUACUCGUAUGUAUGCAUAAGUGCGUGAUGAUUAAGG